AAGAGAAUGACUCUGAGAAAGAGCUCCUCAGUGACUGAGUUUAUCCUUGUGGGAUUAUCAGAACAAUCAGAGCUCCAGCUCCCCCUCUUCCUCCUGUUCUUAGGGAUCUAUGUGUUUACUCUGGUGGGCAACUUGGGCUUGAUCACCUUAAUUGGGCUGAAUUCUAGCCUUCACACUCCUAAGUACUUUUUCCUCUUCAACUUGUCUUUUAUAGAUCUCUGUUAUUCCUGUGUGUUUACCCCCAAAAUGCUGAAUGGUUUUGUGUCAGAAAAUAUCAUUUCUUAUGUGGGAUGCACGACUCAACUAUUUUUCUUCUGUUUCUUUGUCAAUUCUGAGUGCUGUGUGUUGGUAUCGAUGGCUUAGGAUUGCUAUGUGGCUAUCUGCAAUCCUCUGCUGUACAUGGUCACCAUGUCGCCUCAUGUCUGUUCUCUGAUGAUGUUUGGUUCGUAUGUGAUAGGGUUUUCUGGGGCCAUGGCCCACACCGGAAGCAUACUGAAACUGACCUUCCGUGAUUCCAACAUCAUUGACCAUUAUCUGUGUGAAGUCCUCCCCCUCUUGCAGCUCUCCUGCACCAGCAUCCACAUCAAUGAGCUGGUGCUUUUUAUUGUUGUUGGAGUGGUCAUCACAAUAUCCCUUAUCAGUAUAUUCAUCUCUUAUGCUUUGAUUCUCUCCAGUAUCCUCCGUAUUCCUUCCCCUGAGGGCAGGUCCAAAGCCUUUAGCACAUGUGGCUCCCACGUUGCUGUGACUCUGUUCUUUGGGUCAGGGGCAUUCACUUAUUUAAAACCCUCUUUUCCUGGACCUAUGGACCAGAGUAAAUUUGCCUCAGUCUUCUACACCAGUGUGGUUCCCAUGCACCCUUUGAUCUACAGUGUGAGGAAUAAGGAUGUUAAAGUUGCUCUGAGAAAAACCCUGAAGACAGUGCUCUUCUGA